AUGGUGAACAGAUCCUUCUUCUUUCGUCCGAAGCUUUCAGGAAGCCCUAGGAUUGAGACUAAUGAAUCACAACUUUACGGACUUAUUUUGCAGAAAAACAUGGUGUCGUCGGCAAAGAGUAGAUGGUUUAGGUGGGGGCUUCCUCUGGACACGCUAAUUCCUAGUAGCUUGCCGUUAACUUGUGCAUUUUGGCAAAGACCUGAAAGGACUUCGCUACAGAGGAUGAAGAUGUAUGGGGACAGAGGAUCUCCCUACCUGAUGCCCCUUUGUGGUUGGACCGAUCCUUGGGCUGCACCGUUGACGAGGAAAGCAUAA